GGGCGUUCCUUGGUUGCUCUGCUCUGCUCUGCUCUGCUCUCGCUACUCGUCGCUCCUUCCUUUGCCGAUUUGCCCCUUUGCCGUUUCCCCGUGUGUGGUGUUGUGCAGAGAUGUGGAUGGAUGGAUGCCGGCCGUCGCUGCUGCUCAAGAAGCCCCUUUGCCCGGUGGAGACAGACAGACAGACAGACAGACAGACAGACAGACAGAGGGAAGAUCCACGGCAAAGCGCGUGUGCGUUUGUGUGCGGCGAGCGGGCGGCCUGCCGUGCGGGCGUUCUCGACUCUGGGCCAGAAAAAGAGAGAAAGGGAAAGUGAGCCCAAUUUGCAACACGUGGGUUUGCGACGGGGGGCGGACGCGACCGCGCGGGACGCAGCUUUCAUUCAUCCUUUCGUCCGCUCUCUCGCACGGCUGGCUGUGUGUGUGUCUCACUCAGUCUCUGCGCUGUUUGUGUCUCGCGAUGUGGCGUGAUGUCGAGCUUGUCCGAGUGCCACUCUUCAUCUCUCGACUGCUUCAACUCUCUCUUCUCAGAAUUGUAUAAGGAUCACAGCGUAGUGCACGCUGUCCUCAAUGGGAUGCCCACGGUGGCUGAAAAGGACCCCGAAUGAAUCACGUGAAAUGGCGCGCCUUUUUU